UCUCUCUGUGUGUCGCGCGGGUUCUUUCGCGAGCACCCCGCGGUUCCUCACCAACAUCCGGCUCCCUUCCUCCCCCCCGCCCCUCUCCCGCGUAAUCCAACCGCUAAUAAUAACCGCUCCUCCGAUUAGGGCCAUCCCCACCGCUAUAAUUACGCCCCCCGCCUGCGCGCGCGGGCCUAUCAGCCCUAGCUAAGCUAACCCGGCCGCCUCCGCUGCUCGCCUCCUCACUCGCGCGCGUGUCGUGGUCGUGUCUAGUCAGCUGCUAGCUAGGGUUAGGGUUUGCUGCUGCUGCUGCUGCGCGCGCGUGCAUGCGCGUGGGCUGGGCGCGGCAGGGAUGACGCCGCAGCGGUCGCCGGCGGGGGCCGGAGGAGCCGGAGGAGGAGGAGGAGGAGGGGGAGCGGGAGGUGGCGGCGGGGGCACGCCGGCGCUGCACUACCUGAGCGCGCCGUACGGGGACACCACCUUCACCAAGGUCUUCGUGGGGGGCCUCGCGUGGGAGACGCGCAGCGAGGGGCUGCGCGCGCACUUCGAGGUGUACGGGGACAUCCUCGAGGCCGUCGUCAUCACCGACCGAACCACGGGCCGCUCCAAGGGCUACGGAUUCGUAACCUUCCGGGACCCAGAAUCCGCGAGGAUGGCCUGCAUGGACCCGUACCCGGUUAUUGAUGGGCGGCGCGCUAAUUGCAAUCUCGCCAUCUUGGGGAGGCCUGGUCCAGCUGUGCCUUUCGUAGCACCUGUAAGGCCGGUCAUCCCAUACAAUGGAGGUGUGGCGGUUCCAGGGGGCAUGUAUGUGCAAAGCCCAACAUAUCAGCAACCCCCUUACAACUACUCACAGGCCUUUGUAUAUCCUUCUUAUGGGCCAUCAACAUAUGGACCUGAAUACUUAUAUCAGCAGAAUGCAUAUGGUCCAUAUGUUGGACAACAGUAUGUUCCAGUUUAUGGUGGUCCCAGGACAGUAGGCCCAGCAGUCUACCCGUAUGGGCAGUUUGGCCAACCUGUACCAAGUGAUCAUGCUUAUUCUCCUGGUUAUGCACCAAGUCAUGUUCUCCCACUAUCAAAUCAGAAUGUUAAUGCUGCAAAUGUUGUGCGCAUGCCACCUGUUCAGCAACAAUUUCCUCCAGGAGGCCCACACCCUCAGCAACAGAUUUUGGUCCCUGCUCGUGCACCACCAUUCCCACAGAACAACAUUUCUGAACAAGCAUCGGGCUGACAAGGAUGCCAGAAAGUGACAAUUUGAGGUAUCCUAUAGGCUGCAGCAGGACUAAGAACAGCAGAACCGCUAAAUUGGGCGGCAUGCUUCUUUUUCUUGCAAACUGUUUUCUUUUGCACUCUAAAGGUUGUCCGUAUUCAUGGUUACCUGAAUUGUUAUAAUGUGAACGUCUGUGAUCUGUCCCGCCGGAUGGGGCAGGAAAAUGCUGAGAAACUGAAGAUGAAGCCACUCUUGCUCAGCUUCUGUCAGUGUCUGUACAUUCCCCAUCUCCUGCCAGAAAUUCUGAUAGCUGGUGGUCUGUGCCCGGACCAAGUGGAUGCUGGAAUUGGAGUCCGGCCUCCAACCUGUGUAUAAUAUAGGUCAUGUAGGUCCAAAUCGUAGAGCAGGUCCAUUCUUUCGAACAUCUGGUUGUGUAUAUACAUUCCUCUUUGUCCUUUUCAGUAUCUUCAGUGCAUGUUUUCAUGUCGCAUUAGGGUAUAGGUCUUUCAGCGUCAUUGUAUCGUCGGUGGGUCUUAGUACAUUAUUAUCCUGAAACUGUAAAAUUAUAUAUCACCUAUGUCAACUGUAAUCAAAUAAUGACAGCCCUAUCCUGGGAAA